GUAUCAUAAAUGGAGGAUUAGGAAAUACCCAUGUAAACAAAGUGUUCGCUGCCUUGAACAUGCCUGAAUUGAACUGGCACACUUAUCAAACGUAUGAGAAAGAAGUCGGCAAGGUGAUGGAGUUACUUGCCCAAGAGACGUGUUUAGCUGCUGCAUUAGAAGAAAGACGAUUAACUAUUGAAAAUGCUGAGGAUAUAAAAAAGUUACUGCCAGCUCACUUAGACCUUCAAUCAAUUUUUCCUGAUGCAAGCAUGAAAAGUAUUCUAGAUAAAAGUAUUGAUGACAAGAUGGUUGUACGAAUCGCAGUAUCUUUCGACAUGGGAUGGUUCACUCGAGGCACAGGUAGAACGUAUGACAGCUUGUCUGGCACAGCUGCUCUAAUUGGUUACUAUUCCAAAAAAGUUAUCACCUUUGUCACUUUAAAUAGAAAAUGUGCCAAAUGUGAUCGUGGUCAUGAUAAAGGGGAUCACGACUGUAGGUGCAACUUUACAGGGAGCGCAAAGGCAAUGGAGCCUAAGGCUGCAGUAUUGCUCACAAAAAAUAACCCGAUAUUGGUUGCACGUAAAUUAGAAGUCGGAAUAUUUAUUGCUGACAACGAUUCUAGCUCGAUUAGUGCUGUGCGACAAGCUUGCGAUCAUGAAGUACCUAAACAAAGUGAUAAAAACCAUACAACCAAAGGAGUUGUAAACGCACUGUACAAAAUUCAAAAAAGUCAUAAAGAACUGAACAGUGUUGCUAUUCAGUACCUUAAAAAAUGUUUUACGUAUUGCGUAUCACAAAAUCAAGGAAACAGUUUAGCCAUGGCAAGUGCAAUUAAAAAUAUACCAUAUCAUUGUUUUAAUUUUCACAAUAAUUGUGGAGAUUGGUGCAAUUAUAAGACAGAGCAAGAAAAUUACGUACACUCGAAUAUUGGCGAUGGCUUUCAUAGUGAUAUUUUAUUCAACGCUUUAAAAGAUAUAUUUAAUUCUCUAUCUACGAAAUCUAGUCAAUUUGUUUCUAAUGCCUCAAGCAAUGCCAAUGAAAGCUUGAAUGCUAUGAUUGUUAGCAAGGCGCCUAAAACGAGGCUGUAUGGCAAAACGGCAUCAAGUGAUAUUAGAGUAGCUAGUGCAAUCAAUAAAAAAAACUUUGGUGAAAAAUAUAAUUUGACUCUAGCUGAGAAACUAAGUUUGUCACCAGGUAAAUAUUCUGCAAAAUACUACGGUAAAGUAGACUCCUUCCACAAAAAAAGAUAUGCUAAGUCUGUAGCGCGUAGCACAAAAUUAAGGAGAUUAGCUUUGAAGAAAUCAAAAACGGGACUAAAAAACAGAAAAGAAACCGAAGAAGGCAUCACGUAUGAGAGUAAUAUUGGUUUAUGUAGUGUUGAAGUGGAAACCAUCCCGAUCGCAACUUUUAACUUGAACUCAAAAUCAAUAAUCAUCUUUUUCGAUUUGGAAACGGGCGGACUUUCAAAAUCUAGCGAUAUUCUGCAGUUAGCUGCUAAAUAUAAGGAUUAUGAGUUCUCUGUAUACAUUAAGCCAGCGCAAAAAAUUUCAGAAGAAGCCAGUGGGGUACAUGGUUUGCGGCUGACAGAUGGAGUCCUGCAAUUACAUGGAAAACCUGUCCUUACUAUCUCAUUGUCAGAAGCUUUGUUGGCCUUUUAUGAGUUCCUUUGUUUGUUUAAAAAACCGUGUAUAUUAACAGCACACAACUGUGCGUUCGACCGCCCACGAUUGAUGGCUGCUUUUGAAAAAGUUUUUAUGACCAAACAUUUUCAGAGCAUAGUUCAUGGAUUCUGUGAUACUCUUCGUAUCACACGAAGAAUCACUGGGAAAAACAGCAAAGGUAGCAACAAAUUAGAGACUCUAGCUCAACUAUUUGAUAUAAGCUGUAAUAAAGCACACGAUGCUCUACAAGACGUUGUUAUGUUACAGCAAGUUGUUGAGAAACUAAAAAUCAAGAAUAGUGAUUUAUACCAAAAUGUUUGUACUUGGAGCGACGUUGAGAGAAAAAUUCAGUAUUCCAAAAAUUUACCAAAUUUCCUAAAAAAUUUAACCGCGUUAGAUGAAUGUUUAUCUCUUAAUAUGAGGAAAAAGUUAGUCGCUGCACAAACAACAUAUGAUAUGGUUAUUGAUGCUUUUGAAAAAGAAAAAUUUGAAGGACUUUUGAAUUUAUUUGGAAAAGAUGAAAAUGGAUUUGUUAUAGUAACAAAGAAUAAACAAAUCUUGGAUAAAUUGUAUGCAUAUUUACAAAAUCUACUCGACAUUGUUUCAAAACCAAAUUAUUAA